AUGGCCGUCAAGGUCGUCGCCGGGAAGACCACCGCUGCUCAGCCCAAGAGCGUGGGGCGGCGGCUGUGGCGCCUGGCGCGCACCGUCAUCUACCUUCUGCGCCGCGGCGCGCUGUCGUCCGGGCGUAAGCUCGCCAUGGACCUCCACCGCAGCAGGGACGCCAGCAAGGCCCUCGGCGGCUUCGUCAACUUCCACCGCCGCGCGGCGGCCCGCUCUCGCUCCUCAACCGUCGCGGCGAAGCACCGUGGCGACGAAGCGGCCGGCUGUUACAGCAGCUACGACGCGGCCGACAUCGCGAGGGUGCUCGAGAUGCUCAACGACAGCGGGCACCUCUUCGACGACGAGGAUGGGCUCGCGGCGGCGACGCCUUCUCCGACCACGUGGGCGUCGCCGGCUACGGACAAGCUGCACAUCACCUACUCGCCGUUCACGGCGAGCGAGCACCAGCAGGUGGACAGGGAAGCCGACGAGUUCAUCAGGAGGUUCUACCAGCAACUGCGCGCCCAGAAGAGCGUCUCCGCCACGCCGGAAAACUGCGGCCACAUCCCAAGGCCGGUCGCCGCUUAA